UGUUACUGCACACAGAAAAGUGAAAAAAAAAAAGAGAGAGAGAAAUUUGAUGGAAAUCCAAACACGUAACAAAAAUACUGGGGCGAACUUUUUCAAGGACCUACUUCAAACUAUUCUCUUCAAGACCUUCGGUGUAUAAUUAAAUGAUGCAAUUGAGUAAAUGGAGUAGACCACAAUCGUGGGGCUUCCUUUUUUUGGUGUUUUGUCUUGGUUUGUUGGUCAAUGUCGGUGCUAGUUCUGAACCAUCCUUUGAAGAAAACAACGUUUUAAUUGUUCAUGAUCCAUCAGUAUACGAUUUAUCAGACCCUUCGAGUGUACCACCACAAAUCAGUUCGUUCCUCUCCGAAUUGUCUGGUUAUGAAAACUUUAAAUUGACGUUCAAGACCUAUAGUGAAGAAAGUUUAAACUUAUUCAUAGCCAAUGAACCAAUUUAUAACCAUUUAAUUUUGUUACCAAGCUCUAAAAAAACCAUCACCGACAAAGUCAAUUUCAAUCAACAUCAAUUGAUUGACUUCAUCAACCAAAAGGGUAAUGUUUUGGUUGUGGGUGGAUCUGACGCAGCUUUACCAAAUGAUAUUAGAAGUUUCCUUAAUCAAUUGGGUAUUUAUCCUUCUCCCCAACAUUUUAAAUUGGUUGAUCACUUUAAUACCGAAGAUGGGAAAGUGAAAUUGAAUAACGAUAACAUUGUCAAUAAGAAAGUUUUUGCUGAAUUCCCAGAUAAUUCCUUUUUAUAUGAAGGUAGUACUGCUUUACUUUCUAAUAACGAACUUUUAUUCCCAAUUGUUAAAGGAUCUAAAACUAGUUUUACCACUGAUAAUUUAGAAGAACCAAUUUCUCAAGAUAAAACUUGGACUUUCGGUGAUCAAGGUUUUGUUGCUGCUGGUUUCCAAGCUUUAAAUAACGCCAGAUUAUCUUGGAUUGGUGACGAUUCGUUACUUAAUUCCGAUUUGAUUAAUUGGACUUUCCAAAAAAGAAAUCUUUUGAAAUUACAAUUUGUUCAACAUUAUAAUAAUGAAUCUCCUGAAAAAAUUAAUGAAACUUUAUACCGUAUUAAAGAUAAUGUUAUUUAUACUGUGGGGAUUUCUGAAUUGAAAGACAAUAAAUGGGUUCCUUUUGAAAUUAAUGACGACGAAGAUAGACUUCAAUUAUCUUUCAAGAUGUUGGAUCCUUACCAAAGAUUAAAUUUAGAACCUUUAGGACCAGUGGCUUCUAAUGACGGUGAAUUAGACGCAACUGCUUUCUUUGUUAACUUCACCAUCCCAGACCAACACGGUAUGUUCACUUUUGAAUUGGAUUAUAAAAGACAUGGUUUAUCUUACAUUGAAGAUAAAAAAGUCGUUGCAGUCAGACACUUGGCAAACGAUGAAUAUAAGAGAUCAUGGGAUAUUCCAAACUCUUGGGUCUAUUUCACCAGUGCCUUAUGUGUUGCUGUGCUGUGGGGCUUCUUUGUACUUAACUUUUUAUUCAUUGGUAAUACCGAUAAUGUCAAGAAAAAUGUCUAAUAUAAUAGUGUUUAUUAGAUGAAAUAUAUAUAAUUCAUAGAUA